AUUUUACACGAAAUCACCAUACACAUGCUACCUCUACUGCCCCUCCAUUCCCCCUCCUUCAUAUAAAGCCUUCCAGAUUAAACUGACUUGGAAGUUAGCUAACAAGUCAGAUUGUCACGAAGGAGAACUCGGUCCAAGCUGUCUGUAUCUAAGAUUUUGCUGCAAUUCGAACAUAUCAUCAUCCGAUUGGCCAUGACUUAGUACUUGGCUGAACAACUGGGGUUCCGAAUUUAGAUACAAUCCGCUGUAUCAUGCGACCGCUCCCAAUCUGCUGCAACCACACGUCUCGGCUCUUCCUACUAUGUAUUCCUCUUCUGAUCGGACUACAUUCAGCUACUCUUUAUGCAACUUGGAUAUUAGUGGUCACUGAAUAGGCAAUAUCACCAGCAAAUUGAAUAAGGACCCAGCUUCACUGAAAUCUCUCAGAGCAUGGAACAUGGAACAAGUCACGCCACAGGCACCUCGGUCACCUACGAAUGCAUGCGUUGCAUGUACACGUAGUAAAAGAAGGUGUGAUAGAGCAAUACCAAGUUGUUCCUAUUGUGUGCGAGUAAAGCGACAAUGCGCUUACGACGAAGCCCCCGUCCACACUUUUGCGACACCACCAGGUGGUGUGUCUACAGACUCUGCAGUACUAUUGGAACCGUGGGCAGCUGCAAUCAUCGCUCAUUACCGAACGAAUGCUCUUAGUGCCCUUGGAUCCGUGGAAAAGACACGCAGAACGUCUCGUGCGUACUUUAGCUCGACUCAUUAUAAGCUGGCUGUUCUAUCUGAAAAGAAAUUCUACGAGCGCCUGCCUAGCCUUUUCACGUCCGCAGAUUCAAGUUUCAUCACGCUCUGCCUAUGCAUACAUCUGCUACAACAAAUCCCUUCGCGUUCGGGUGAUAGCAUGGUUUCGUCACUUUACGCCCUCGCUAAGACAGGCAUCAAUCAACUGGAAAUGCUGCGUUGCUGUUCAAUCGACACGAUUCAAAGCAUGCUAUUGAUAGCACUCUAUGAAGUGGGUCAUGGAAUCUACCCGGCAGCUUCUAUAUCAAUGGCAUCUUGCGCGAGAGCAGCCCGUAACCUCGGUCUGCACAAAAUCAGAUCUGAGCCACUUUCUGGAAUAGGCGAUGAUAUUGGCGAGAAAAGAAGGACCUGGUGGGCAAUCCAUAAUCUGGAUAGGUUCAUAAAUCUCUUCAAUGGAGAUGCCAUCUUUAACAGUGAAGAUGCUGGUAGAGAGGAUCCUUUACCUCCUGAUGACGGGUCUCCUCCCUUAGAAAUUCUUUCUAGUCAAAGUAUACCCACCAUUGCCACACCUACACCCUUCAGGCUAGGCCAAUUUGCACGAGAAUGCCAGGUAGCACACCUUGUCGGAAGGGUUGUGCAUCAUGUCUUCAAUCCUGUUUCGGACGCCCACUUCCACGAAGAGGAGGCAAUACAACUUAAACGCACGCUGUUAUCCUUUCUUCCUCUCUUGAUUGAGGAAGAACUUCAAUUUAGCAACUAUUGCGGGGCUCUGUCGACCUGCGUAAGCUCCCUAUUUACACUAUACUCGGCUCCACUGUUUCGUGCCCAGCACCGAAGUCUCGAUGAACCUCGCACCUUGAUCGCUAUGGAACAGCUUUCCGCUAGAAUGGCUGAAAUUUCGGAUUACUUCUUGGGCGUCGCUCGGGACGAAAACAAGCGCUUUAUGCUAUCGCCUUUCGUGCCGUAUGCAUUGUACCAGACCGCAGUCAUAGAAUCGCGGCUGUGGGAGCAGGAGGGUAAUUCACAACACAAGGAAAGAGCAUACAGAAUGGUGGAAUUACUCCGAUAUUUUAGUAACCGCUGGGCUAUUGCUGGAAAGUACAUAGCCGUCUUGGACUCCCCUCAUCCGCCGGUGACCCUACCAGCGCAGGAAUUUUACAUCAGCGAGGAAGCCCGUGUACAUGAGCCCUAGGGCAGAAACAAAAUCAAAAAGGCAGCAUUUCUAUAAUCAUGAAAAUUCAUUUAACCACUUCGUUUGGUACUGGUCUUGAGUUGCUCGAACAAACCCGGGUUCAUGAAAUGCGCGUUUCUCACUCACCUUCGACGCCUAAAC